AUGCAGCAUCGGAACGAGUCGUAUGAGAACCUAGUCGCCCCCAGUCCAAUCGUUCCAACCUGUCGACCGAGCUCGCAGCUAUCCAGGCGAGGACACCGCAGCAUGUCCGCCCUCACGAACGGAGACCCCCAGCGGCCCGAAACGCCCGCGAGUCAAAUCAGAAGUGAAACCGUUCCCGAGUUAGUACAAUUGUUCCAGUCUCAGAAUGACUCUCCCAAUGGCAACAUCCAAGGCUUGGGGGCCCGCGAUUUCUUGAAAGCGGGCCACCGGCGCUUACGGCAGCUCGCUCAGCGUCAGAAAAAACCAGUAGACCCCAAGACCAAGGCCGAGGAGGAUUCUCGUCAAUUGCUGGCGCUGCAGCAGGCGGGGUUUCUGCCGCCGCCUAAACCGAAAAGAUCCGAGGCCAAGCAGAGUCUGGACUCAACUGUUUCGAGCUCGAAUUUGAGCUUUAAGUCGAGUUCACGGCGCGAUGUGGAGCGCAUUGGACAGCCGUGGCUGGAUGAUCCGUUGGAGAGAUUGGAUACUCGGGAGACGAAGGAUGGUCGCAUGUCGUCGAUUGAUAUCAGAGACCUGAGGUCGCUGGUGGAGGCUUCGGUCUCGCUUUCUCAGUUUGAGGAUGGGAACCCCCCACCUUAUCAGCCGCCUACCCAACCAAGCAGUAUUGCAGGCGAUGACUACGUUACUGUUUCUAAGCCAGGUGAUGCUGGUGCCUCGGGGGUGAAGAACAAGGAACAAGAGACUGGCGGGUCUCGAAAAGAUGGGACGGAUGCUCCUCCCAAGAUUCCAAACCCCCAGCUGGCUACUGGCUCCGAUUCCAGGCCAUCGUCUGCCGUGCCGAAUACUGCUAUGGAUGUCAGCAACAAGCCCACUGAGAAACCUCAGGAGCCCAAGCCAAUCGAGUCCAAAGACGCUAGGAACAAGUCAGCGCGUAAUUCAACUUCAUCCAACACAUCUGCGUCGUCACAGACCCCGGCACACACGCUCAAACUUUUCCCUGACCCUAUGCCCCCACGUGUCUCGAGCAAAGGAGCCUGGCGCAUCUCGGGCACUCGCCCACCAAACAGGCCUCUCCCAGUCACUCCUGAAACCCGAGUACUUCGGCCGGAUGACAAGGCCUCCACGGCCAAACCAAGCGGUGAUACCCAGAGACUCUCUCACAGCACCCCAACCACACAUCCCUCUAGCGAUACUUCAAAUGGCUCGAGCCCCGAUUCUUUGGCACUACCCACCAAGCUUAUCGGGCUUUCGGCAGCCAGUCCCAUCCACGAAAAGUUUCCCCGUCCGCUAACGAAUCGUCGACCCGCGUCCCUGCCAUUGGGUGCCAUCAAUGCAUUCCCUCUCCCUGCGCCCACACGACCGCUACCUCUUCUGCCAGAGUCUCUUGCGGGUAUCAAUGCGGAUCGAGAACGAAACACUGCUGCUGGGCAACGGUUGUCCCAAUCUAAACCCAAUACCUCAGAUUCCCGGUCAUCCGAAGAAGUCUCCGGAGCCAGCUCUAAGGGGAGUAGCACCCAGUCUGGAGUGAAAGAGAGCAAAGAUGCGGCUGCCAUGAUGCAAAAUUGUACUUCCAAAAGCUCUUCAAAACAUUCCGACUUUAAGGAGCUGGUCAGAACUGGACCCAGUCGAGCGGAGAGGGUGCGGGCAUUGAAAAUGAAGGAUAUGUCUGCCAGCCGUCUUUAUCUUAAGGGCGGAGAUAAGAGUUCAAAUGACGAUCAAUCGUCCAAGUCUUCUCGACCACCCACAGAAUCAUCACGGAAAACUGGCGGAGAAUCCAUCGAUUCUCGUCUGAGCGAAGCCAACUCUCAAUCGCCACCCCUCUCUCCUCUGCUCUCCCAACUACCUAAUUUCCCCAUCAGCAAUAACACCACCGGCAAACGCGUCUGCAGCUCGCCUGCACUCUCGAACGGAAGAGACGAACGCUCAUCGCAGCCCGAGUCUAACCGCGCCUCGCGAGGUUGUCGCAGCAGCAGCGCACAAAGCGCAGAUGUCAUCCACGAGGACUUGCCCAUGGGGCAGAGUCCGGCGGAUCGCGCCGAAAGCCCUCUUCCCUCCUCGGAGGACGAAUGCGUGAGCGGCAGCUCGCACAAAGGCAACCAGAUGCGGCCCCUCUCUUCGCAUCGACAGUCCAGGCCGGCUCCUCUCUCUGUAGGCGAGCCUGCCACCCACCGCGCACGACACUCCAAGAAGAAGCUGCUACACGAGCCCAACGGGCCCUCGACUCCUCGGAGCCGCAGGAUCCGCGGGGUCGAGAAGUCCUCGCCGCAGUCCCAGUUCUCCCAGAGUACCUACUACUCUCAGGACUCACGGGGCAGUCGGCAUCGUGCGUAUGCCAUGAACCUAGAAGGACGCAUCGCGCAUCUUGAGCGCCAGAACAAAAUCCUUCAGGCUGCUCUCUUGGCCGCACUGGAUGUCGAAGUCAAGGAGAACCUUGAAUCUCUGCUCAGCGGCUCGACUACCUCAUUGUCUGCGUCUGGCACCGGCCGGACUUACUCGACCACGACCAACUCAUCUGGCGCGGACGAGCCUCGACGCAGCAAGAAUAGAGAACAGUCUUGCUAUCUCCAGGAGAGCUGGAUCGCUAGUCCCGGAUCCAGUCGACGAGAUAGCUACGGGUCAACCGACGACGGUGCCAAUGUCCGCGAGUUGGAAGACAUGAUCGAGGACUUUGAUUUUGACUGGAUCUUAGAUAAGUCUAGUGCCGAGAGACAACCGGCCAGCCGGGGCUAA